UUACUCUGAGAUUCUAAGCAAUAUUCUGUGGUUCGAUUUUGGCGUUUAUUGUUGACUUUACCUUUAAUUCAGGUUGUUAAUUGAAAAAUAUUCGUAAUUCAUUAUAUUAAAUAAAAAUGUCUGAUCUUGACAGUUGGAUAGAAAGUGUUCGACAGUGUAAAUACUUAUCAGAAACUGAAUUGAAGCAAUUAUGUGAUAUUGUUUGCAGUAUUUUGGUUGAAGAAUCAAAUGUCCAACCUGUGUCUACCCCAGUAACAGUUUGUGGCGAUAUUCAUGGACAGUUUUACGACUUGGAAGAAUUAUUUCGAAGGGGCGGAGAAGUGCCUGAUACAAACUAUAUUUUUCUGGGAGAUUUUGUAGACAGGGGAUACUUCAGCUUGGAGACUUUUACUAGGUUGCUCACCCUUAAAGCCAAAUACCCUCAUAAGAUAACUCUACUGCGAGGUAACCACGAGAGCCGACAAAUCACCCAGGUUUAUGGUUUUUAUGAUGAGUGCUUGAACAAGUACGGAAAUGCAAAUGCUUGGAAAUAUUGUUGUAAUGUUUUCGACUUGUUAACAGUAGCAGCUCUGAUUGAUGAGAAAAUUUUAUGUGUACAUGGAGGACUCAGCCCCGAAAUAAAAACCCUAGAUCAAAUAAGGACAAUCGAAAGACACCAAGAAAUACCACAUAAAGGUGCAUUUUGUGAUAUGGUAUGGUCAGAUCCUGAGGACGUAGAAUCUUGGGCAAAUAGUCCUAGAGGUGCUGGCUAUUUAUUCGGACCAAAGGUUACUCAUGAGUUCAUGGAAAUAAAUGCAUUAUCUUUAAUAUGUAGGGCCCAUCAACUAGUGCAAGAAGGUUAUAAAUAUAUGUUUGACAAUAAACUCGUUACUGUAUGGUCUGCUCCAAACUAUUGUUACAGAUGUGGAAACAUUGCCAGUAUUUUAGAAUUUAACGCUAUAGACAAAGUCGAACCCAAAUUGUUCCAGGCUGUUGCAGAUUCAGAAAGGGUUAUCCCUUUGAAAAUGGCCUCACCAUAUUUUCUUUGAACUUGAACUGAUCUCCAAUAUAUUUUAAAAGUUUUUUAAAAA